GAGCAUCCAAAGUUCCUCAUCACUUUCGAUCCCCCAGACUUGGCAAUCAUCCUGUUCAUAUCCACCUGCUUCCCAUCACCCGGUCCCCAACCGUGUGCCAUGAUCCUCCCGUGACAGCUGCUCUCCAUUGCUUGGCCGACAUCAUCUCUUUAUUCUCUAAUUCUACCUUUGAUCCCCGUCACAAUGGAUCUUUCAUCCCUGGAAGGGCCUCCCAUCCCGGACCCGCGGUUCACCGUCCCGUCGCGGCGAUCCAAUGUCCCCAGCAUCCAGCUCGACAUGUCCACGCCCCUCAGCCCUGUCAGCCCAUUAACACCACCACCUUAUGAUCUCCCGCCUCGACCAAGUUCGACGGACACCUUUUUCAGGCCCAGGCCUCAGUACACAUACAGAUCUCUAGAGCCACAACCAGAGCCUACCCGAUCCCAGCGCUGCCACAGCCUAUUGCCACCAACCCCAACCGGCGAGCAUGUUAACCAACAACAACCAACGCCAAAUCCAACACUCAACCUGCCCCCGCCACCCCCAUCCUCCUCCUUUUCGCUCCACCCUUGGAGCCCUCGAAGUCGAAGCGUGUCCGACACCACCCCUCAUCAAUCACCCUCCCCUAUGUUGAGCACCACUACCACUACCACUGUCACCACCACUCAAGCCGUGACAACCACGACAACGACCCAAGGCAACCGUCUCAUCUGGCUUGAGUCCGAGAAGCUCUGGUUCUUGAAGCCUCUACCAUCUGAGUCAUCACCGUUCCUUACAGAAGAUCACGGUGCGGGCACCAGACCCACACCAAACACUCGGUAUACACCCUAUAGCCCGUCCGCCGUCCGAACCGAUUACCGGUUUGCUUCCACGACGGACACGUAUGACAUUCCCCCGCCCUAUGAGCGGCAUAUUUAUGAUCGGCCAUUGCCUCCGUUGCCCACAGAGGAUAGACAGACUGGGGAAUUAUACGGAUCUCGGUGGACGGCAGUAGCAAGACGGAGGGCCAACCGGUCUGCGCUAGGGUGAUGCCCCUUUAAUUUAGGAGGAAAUAGGAAGAAAAGCGGGAAGAUUUCGA